AAGAGCCUGCCUGAGAGGAGGGAGAGUGCAAAGCAAUAGACACAUCUAAUAUUUAUCUCAGACCUGCUACGCUGGGACGCAGGAGCUGUCAUCUGCCGGAGCUGAUUAUACAUGCAGCCAGAGCCCAGCCUGAUUGGAUGUAGUAGGACCUAAGGCGACGGGGAGAGGGAGCGGGGAGAGAGUUCGCCUUGCCGCACCGAAAUGUAAACAGCGGGAAGCGAGCGGGAGUAGCACGCCUUUAUGCUCCGGAGAGCAAGCCGCCGGCUGUGGGCUCCCAUGGCUCCGGCGACGUCCCUCUCGCGGGUCUAGCUGUGCCCGGCUUGAUGAACGGGAGCAGACACCUCGGAGGAUCUCCUGCCCGUGGAUAGAAAUAGGGGCCAUCGGGAUGCGCUAGUUUUCUCCGGCGACGACGCAGCUCCUUCGUGCUCCACACCGCAGCCGGGACGGGGCGAUGGACAUGAACAUGAAGAAGUUCACGGUGCGACGGUUCUUCUCAGUCUACCUCCGCAAGAAGUCUCGGUCAAAGAGCUCGAGCCUAAGUAGAUUUGAGGAAGAAGGUAUCGUGAAGGAAAUAGACAUCAGUCAUCAUGUGAAGGAAGGUUUUGAAAAAGCAGAUCCUUCUCAGUUUGAGCUGCUGAAAGUAUUAGGACAAGGUUCAUAUGGAAAGGUAUUUCUAGUGAGGAAGAUCAAAGGAUCUGAUGCGGGUCAGCUUUAUGCCAUGAAGGUACUUAAGAAGGCAACUCUGAAAGUUCGGGAUCGGGUACGAUCAAAAAUGGAGAGAGAUAUUUUGGCAGAAGUGAAUCAUCCUUUCAUAGUCAAGCUUCAUUAUGCAUUUCAGACAGAGGGAAAGUUGUAUCUAAUACUAGAUUUCCUGCGGGGAGGGGACCUUUUCACAAGACUCUCCAAAGAGGUGAUGUUUACAGAAGAGGAUGUCAAGUUCUACUUAGCUGAGCUGGCCUUGGCGUUAGACCACCUCCAUGGUCUUGGAAUUAUUUACAGGGAUCUAAAACCAGAAAACAUUCUUCUUGAUGAAGAGGGCCACAUUAAGAUAACAGAUUUUGGUCUGAGUAAAGAAGCCAUCGACCAUGACAAGAGAGCGUAUUCAUUCUGUGGGACAAUAGAGUAUAUGGCCCCAGAGGUGGUCAACCGGCGAGGACACACACAGAGUGCCGACUGGUGGUCUUUUGGCGUACUCAUGUUUGAGAUGCUGACAGGAUCGUUACCCUUCCAGGGAAAAGACAGAAAGGAGACAAUGGCACUCAUUCUCAAAGCCAAGCUGGGAAUGCCGCAGUUCUUGAGCAUAGAAGCCCAGAGCCUGCUGCGAGCCCUCUUCAAAAGGAACCCCUCCAACAGAUUAGGUGCUGGAUUCGAUGGAGUGGAAGAAAUUAAACGUCACCCUUUCUUUGUUACUAUAGACUGGAACAAACUAUACAGGAAGGAAAUCAAGCCGCCUUUCAAGCCCGCAGUGGGACGGCCAGAAGACACCUUUCAUUUUGAUCCAGAGUUCACAUCUCGGACGCCCACGGAUUCCCCGGGUGUUCCUCCAAGUGCCAAUGCUCAUCAUCUUUUCAGAGGGUUCAGCUUCGUUGCUUCUAACUUGGUGCAGGAGCCAGCACAGCAAGAGGUGCACAAAAUCACCGUCCAUCCAAUUGUGCAGCAGUUACAUGGGAACAACAUUCACUUUACAGAUGGAUACGAGAUCAAGGAGGACAUCGGAAUUGGCUCCUAUUCAGUGUGCAAGAGAUGUGUUCAUAAAGCUACAGAAACAGAGUUUGCAGUGAAGAUAAUUGAUAAGAGCAAGAGAGACCCCUCUGAAGAAAUUGAGAUCCUCUUGCGAUAUGGACAGCAUCCAAACAUCAUCACUCUUAAAGAUGUAUAUGACGAUGGGAAAUAUGUGUACCUUGUGAUGGAGCUGAUGCGGGGAGGCGAGCUCCUGGACCGCAUUCUUCGGCAGAAGUGUUUCUCAGAGCGGGAGGCCAGUGCUGUGCUGUGCACCAUCACCAGGACUGUGGACUACCUGCACUCUCAGGGCGUGGUGCACCGAGAUCUCAAGCCAAGUAAUAUCCUCUACAUGGACGAGUCAGGAAACCCAGAUUCCAUCAGGAUCUGUGACUUUGGGUUUGCCAAGCAACUGAGAGCGGAGAACGGGCUGCUCAUGACUCCCUGCUACACAGCCAACUUUGUGGCCCCUGAGGUCCUUAAACGCCAAGGUUAUGAUGCAGCCUGUGACAUCUGGAGCUUGGGGAUCCUGCUGUAUACCAUGUUGGCAGGGUUCACUCCUUUUGCAAAUGGACCAGAUGACACCCCAGAGGAGAUUCUGGCCAGGAUUGGCAGUGGCAAAUACGCACUUACAGGAGGAAACUGGGAUUCAGUAUCUGAUACUGCAAAGGACAUUGUGUCUAAGAUGCUUCACGUAGACCCUCAUCAGCGCCUCACAGCAGUCCAAGUCCUAAGGCAUCCAUGGAUAGUGAACAGGGAAUACCUGUCUCAAAACCAGCUCAGCAGACAGGAUGUUCACCUGGUGAAGGGUGCAAUGGCAGCCACUUACUUUGCUUUAAACCGAGCACCUCAGGCACCAAGGCUGGAGCCUGUAUUGUCCUCCAAUCUGGCUCAGCGGCGGGGCAUGAAAAGACUUACCUCUACCAGGUUGUAGCAGUACCCCCAAAAGGCCUCUUUGAAAAAUCACCAUUUAUUAUUUGAGAAAUUCACCUUUACUUGGCUAGCAGAACUUUUUUGGACAACCUGCACAUGAAAUCGCCAGAACUAGCAGAAGCCCAGCGUAAGGCAAAGUUCUCCUUUGCUCUGUCAUUUCUUUUACAUUCCAGCCAGGGUCCCGAGUUUAACAACUUCAUAAAGAUGUGCCAAUUUUGCCAGUAGCUCUGUUUCCUUACUGAGAUAAAGCCAAAUAAAGUAGGUGUGCUCCAUCCUUCCCACCCUAGGAAUUACUAUUUCUGAGUCCUUAAGAUGUUCCAUGGGAACACUGUUUUCAUUUUGUUUCUCAAGAAAAGCACUUUUUGCUAUGAAGAAUGAAGUCGAGUUUGAAUGUCUUCAGCUGUUGCAGCAUGCAUCACGAGGAAGUGACUUGGCCGGUCACCAGUAGACAUCUACUGAUCUCCACUCACCCCAGGAAGAGUGAAGGCUGCAGAGACACAUGAAUAAUACCUUACUUGAAACAAGUGCUGUACAACAUGAAGGAGAGUGAGCUGUCAGUGGUGGAAAUACCUUCUGAUUUCAAGAGAUCUUUUGCACUUUGCCCCUGCCUUCUCUGGAACGAUGCCAGCACCGCUCAAGCAGCGUGUGCCACCAGCCCUGACUUACUUGGAGGUCUCCGAGAGCAGAAAACCUCUGAGAAACUCCUCUGAGGUCCUCUGAGGAAAUUAUUGGGUCUUAUGAGACUGUGGGAAAGCGUUCUCGUAAAACAGUGCGAGUAGGAGCUUGUGGAUCAGGGGAGAAAAAAGUGCCUGGUCUUGGCCAGCGACCAGGAGGUCUGGAAGGACUAGGUGAGGGGGCUGGGGAACCGAGCAGAGGCAGGGAAAGGCAUGGGAUACUCUGAGGACAGUGGGCAAAAAGACCCGUGGCAGCAUGCUGGGGAGCACUGCCAAAGGGAAUAGGGUGCAUGUGCCUGGGGGGCAAACUGGGACUCCCUUUAAAAGCGAGGGAUGGUCCCUCCUCAGCAGCGGGUGCAGAAGAGGGUGGGUGGGCAGCUGGGCUGCCGAGGGGCCGGGUGGGUCGGUGCAGCCGUCCUCCCACACCGUCUCCAGGUCUGCUCACGGAGACCGGCUCUGGCGGGCCAGAGUGCCACCCUGGGGCAAGCGAGGCCUUUUCCAGUCAUUGCUCCCUGCCCUUCCCUGGCUGCUCACCCAAAUCCGCCUCCGUUGCCCGACGUUUCAUGUCCCUGCCUGGCCGUUCUGCUCUAGCAGAGCUAAACUCCCUGUGCCACGUGUGUGCGGAGAGUACCUGCUUCUGAAGAGUCCAGCUAACUCUGUUACAAGCUUUAAUAAUAAUAAAAAAUUAUGAGGAGAAACGGGAGGAUGCUCUGCUUUUAUAUUUAUAUAAAUAUGUACAUGUGUAUUUAUAUACAUAUAAAAAAAAAGUUCUGUACCCUAAUACCUGGAUUUUCCAGGUUCAUGGAAAGAAAACUGUGUUGAAACCAUCUCAGCAAAACGGACCUUUUUUCUCAUUCCCUGAUUUCAAAGAAAGUGAGCAAGGUUUGUGGUGCCAGAUGUGAACUAUUUUUUUAUUCUUUUUCUUACCCAUCUUGGCUUAUGGUGGUCACAAGCUGACCAGGAUACUGCUUUGUACUGCUUUUGUUAAUUUUUAUUUUCCAAGUAAAUUUUGUCACCUCAGAUGCUUUGUGGGAAAAGCUAAUACACUAUGUUGGCUUUUUUUCUGCUGUGAUGGGAAAAAAAGGAAAAUGUGAACAUGGAGCUUCAUAUGCUAGAGAUGGUAAUUUUUCCUUGCUGGGUAGUAUGUGUGUCUCAGUGCUGGACUGGAAUUAUCGGAUCAUUGCUUCAGAGUGUCCAAGGGAACAAGGAGUUGCAUUUGCUAUAGCAAUAUGCUUCCUAAAACAAGCUCUGUUCCAAUGUUGACUGAAAUUUGUUUGUUUGCAUUAGUCUAUUUUUAAAUUUAAAUUUAUUCUUAAUAAUUUAAACCGAUAUUUAAUGUUCAAGUUUAUGUGCUGUGCACAGAGGACCGCUGCAAAGCAGCUCUCCUUGAAGCCCUUCUCUUUUCCAGAAUAAACAAUGCUGUGAAACUUCACACAGUGGCUGAAUUGGCUUGGACUGAUGCGUGCAAACACACGCAGGUGUGUGUCUAUGGUUAUAUACGCAGCAGCCCUCAUUCUCUCCUCUGGCUAAGCUGUGCUCAGUAUCAGCUUUUUGUUGCCUUUACACUUUUCCUCUUCUUAGAAGUUAAGUCUCAUAUAUUUCCGCUAGCAGCACACUGCGAGGCGAGUCCACGGGCAAGGGAUAUCCUGGCUGAUGCAGAAAUGCUCUGGCCAGCCCUUGUUUCCCUGUAAGUGACUUCUGUCCUGGAAGAAGGCAAGGUGGGCACAAGGAUGCUAAGGGCAACCUGGAGGGAAGGCUGGAUUUUCUGGGGUCCCAGCUGAUUUGUGCUGUUUCAACAAAAUAUAUUUUUAAUGGUCAGUGUAAUUGUAUUGUAUGUGGGCAGAAAGAGUGUUGUAAAUAUUAUGUACAGUUUUUGUCUCCCCCUGAGAUUUCCUGGUCAUCUUUCAUUGCUUCAGUUUGCUUUCUCUUCACAGCCAUCGGAAACAGUCUAAUUCCUUCUUGAUAUACUCAGUCUUAAUUCUUUGAGCAGUUUUUUCAUCUGAAUAUUAUUGUAGGCCAAGCUUACAGGAUGUUGCUCUUCCUGAAGUUUAAUGGUUUAAAUCUCUCCCUGAUUUAGCUCUUUCUAACCCACCAGCUAUCACCCUAUUAACCAUACAAGGUUUUGGCCACAUACAGAAUGAUACAUGUUGAUGCUCAUUAAUUAUUUUAUAAGCCUAGAAAUUACAUAUGAGGGGGUUUACUUAUUAAGAUUUUAUUGCCAGUGCAUCCAGAUGUAUGCACAUGUGUAUUUAUAUGUAAAUACACAAAAAAAGUGCUGUCCCAACUUGUCCAAAUGAGGAUAGAAGUGUAGUCAGUGCUUGAGGUGAUACUUAGAAGAGUUUUGUCUGUUUGCGGCAUUCUUGAAAAUCUGUCAUUGAAAACAGUAGUGGUUACUCUUGGUGUGGAUAGGUGGCUGUGCCCAUCCAUGGAAGAAGCUGUCCUGUCCAGCCUCCCGUCUGUCCCAACCGUGCAUCCCCGUGCACCCCCAAGGCAGAUCAGCCCCCCCUCCCCAAGACUUGCCAUGGGAGGUGCUUUUCUGAGGGUUUUCUGGCCUGUUUCAGUCAAGAUGAACCCAAUUAAACCAUUUCCACUGUCAGUCUUGCUGAUCCAGCUCACUUGGACUGAAAUACAAGAGCCUCCAUCAGCAAAUCCAAGGGAUGGUCGCUCCUGGCAGAGAGGGAGGAAUAGGCCGUUGGCACUCGUUAUUUCAGACUGAUGGCACCUGCUGCUUCCCCUGGCCCAGCUGGAUCCAGGCGAAGAAGCACGGCCAUGGCCUAAUUACUGCUACGGCUGCUUUUAUACCAGCAUCUCCUUUCCAGACUCCUUGCUACAGUAUAGCUCAGCAAUAAGCAUUUAUUCUUUCCAGGAGAAAACUUAACUGAAAAAAGCUUAGCGCCUGUCUUUCUCUCUCUCUUUCUCUCUUUUUAAUCUUAAGGGACUUUUACUAAAUGUUAUGUUUAACUCCUGAAAGUCUAAUAAUCACUUUGAAUUAGAUCAUACCAUCUUGCAGGUUAAUAGUCCACAGAGUGACGGAGUGCCUUAGGCUAUUACAAAAAGUAUAGUUACAUUUCUGAGCCAUCACGGCAUGCAAAACAACGACCGUCCAAGGCAUACUGAAGUGUAUGUGUCACAGACAUAGUCAGCUCCUCUGGAGAGCCACUUUGAAAGCUGCUGAGGAGAGUCUGCCCGGCAGGGAGGAGGCAUCUCCCCACACUUGGCAGAGCUGGACCCCACCUCGGCAGCUCCAGGACUAUGAUGAAACCAGAAGGCCCCGAUGAAGAAGGUCGUGGGAAGUUACCCCAGUUCCUACACAGCACCACAGGUUGUGUAUAUGGCAAAGGUGGGGGAGAUGCUGCUCAGAUGGAGGGCUGACCCCCGCCUCCAGUUCCCCAUGAAUUUUUACUUGUUUAAAAUCUGUUUAAUUUUUUCUGAGCCAGUUUUAACAGCAGAUAGCAUUUAUAAAGCCUGACUUUUUCAGCAAACCACAAGUGACCCUCACAGAUACUUUGUAAUCAAUCUCUACAUCCAAAAAAAAAGUCCAUCUGACAAUAGGUUCUGGUUUGCUUCUCCAGAAAAUCAUCUUCAGCAGCUCCCUGAGAUGGCCCCGGGUACUGGGGAUAACCCAGGCACAGAGAGCUGGGAGAAGCACGUCUUGUGUGACAUGACGUUGUGACAUGAUGUUGUGUGUCACGCUCUUACAAAGUACCAAUUGUGUGUCCCUGUGCUUCGUCUAACCCUGAAUGUACCGGGACUCUUCUCAGCCAGACUUAGGCCUGAAUAGGUUUUGGACUGAGUUUGAAAGGGACAAUAAAUCUGUUGGCUUACAGGGUAGAUCAGGCUCCAUUAGAAAUCAGUAUGCAGAUCUUUAAGGGACAGGCUGGUUUUGCCUGCGUAGUGCAGUGCUCUCUCUAACAACUUGUACCCGGCUCUGGUACAUCCAAAUACAUCCGAACCUUGGUCGAGCAUGGCAAUUGCUGUGUGUCUAUGAUACGAAUUACGCCAGGGCUUGGAUCAUCCCCUAAGCCACGAGUGCCACAAGGGUUUCUCAUGCCGCCGGUCCACAGAGCUUAUGCCAGCAUAUGCAAGUGCUGAUGCUAAAAAAAGGCGGGCAGUCACUCUCUCUUGACCUCAGCUGCUCGUCUGUCCUGUCGCACCUCCCUUAGCCAGGUCACCACGGGGCAAAGCAAAAGUUUGUGCAUCACAACAAGUGGCUGGGGACAGCAGGAAGGCAACAGCGUCUUUUUUGCCAGCAGUGCUGUCAACACAUUGGUGUGGCUACAGCAUCGGUGUCACCUCUGUCCCUCUGUUUCUGAGUUACGCUGAGCUGAGCCCAGGUGUGGCUCAGAGUCAGGGCGAUAAAUGAUGGGAUGUUUGUAUAGCAGCAGGUCACCAGUGCCAAGCUGUGCACACAGAGGGGAUCAACACGUCCAGGCUUCUGAAAAUUGGCCACAAGUUCAUAUAAAUGCCCUGAAACCAGAAGGUGUAGGGCCACAGAUGACAUGCCAUGGGGACAUAAUGUUGACUGUGUGUAUUUUUGCCACCAUUGCCUUUAUAAAAAGGAUAGAAAAAAUCCUGGGGUUUGCUUUUAAAUUACCCAUUUUUACAGAGGAAAUUCCUGAUUUUGUGGACUGCUACAGCUUUCUAGAUCCCUAGUAGGAGUAAGGCAGACAAACAUGGAAGAUCAAGCAGAUUGCUAUAGCAGAAAAUGAGAUAUCUUAGCUUUCACUGGAAAAUUAUUUUCAUUCAGGUGUUUUAAAGCUGUCUUAAGAUGUGUGUAGCAAAAACACCAAAGCAAAUAUUUAGAAGCAAAGUUCUCUCUACAGAUGGUGCCUUUAAACAAGAGCCACGUGAGCUCCAGGGUCACAUAUCUGAAUCUUAAAAGAUAGGCAAGCAGCACAGCUGGGCCAACCACCUCAGAUACUCCUUACAGUAAAAUAAAAAGGCCAAAAAUAAUGUUAAUAAGACGCUUUAUUAUAGUUCAUAAAAAAAGGAAAAUGUGCAAGCCCAUUUUCUUUUCCUCUUUUGAAGCAUACAUCAUAAUGCUUUAGAAGUGUGUGUUCUGAACUCCUAGCUGACACUGCCCCAAGACAUUGUGGCUAAGCUGCUUCUGCUACCUCAGUUUCUCUGUGAACAGUCCCACACUCCCCCCUCCAUGUCUGCCCACGACAGACACAAGCAACAAUUGUGCAUCCUCUUGUAUUCUGAAAGUUAGCAAAAAUUUGAGUGUUUAAACUCAGAAGAUAAAGUGAAGUUAAAAGUGAGGUUCUCACUGUGUACAGAACUAAAAUUCUCAGUAUUUAGGUGAAGGGUGGGUAGAAGCCUGUGCAGAACAAGAAUGUUACAGAGCAAAUAAAGUCACAGUAGUUCUUGGAACCAGAUUUUAGCUAAAAUCUAUUCAUAAGUUUUGUGAGCCUAGACCUUGCAUUUCCAUGUGCAACUAGGUGACAACACAGGCACGUCAGCCAGCUAACCAGGCAUCUGAUCAUGCGUGUCAGUACAGGCUUCCACAUGGAAAUGUUUUGCAGCCGAAGUUUAGAGUCUAAAAUAAGAAUUUGGCCCUUGGCAUCAGCCUGUGUUGUGUAAACCAUGAUGUUCAGUGUUGAACUGUACAACCACUGCUUCUUGCUUUGGUAUACAUAGUUACAGAGUCAAUUUGUGCUCUAUUAUGUCUCCUAAAUGGAUGUUAUGGUCAUAGUUUUCAGAGACACUGUAGCCUGAAAGACAAAUGAAGAAAAUGCAUGCCCUCUUUGAUAAAGGCAAAUUUUGAAAGGAGAGGCUGGAAAUAAGCAUUUUGAAGCGCAGAAAAUGAAAACCAGUUGCUAAAAGAUUGUUUCUGAUUUGCUACUCAGAGCCAAAUCUUGCCUCCUUCACUCUUGUUGUAUUAGUUCCUUAAUCCAUAUGCACCUUCACUGAAAUGAGGGGGACAGCUCAGAGCAGGGUCUUCUUUUCUGUCGCAGUGGGGAGUCUGGCCAUUACGUCGUGAUGUGUGCAAGGGGUUUUCUUGGGUAGUAUUAAAUGAAUUUGACAAAAUAUGAACCUAAAUCUAGCACUUUGUUUACAGGCUCCAUAUUCAUGUUUACAAACAAUGAUUCUGAGACUCACGCUUUUUACAUUUCCUGUAUGAAAAGGGCAGCCAGUGUACAGAUAUUUAUUACGUUUACCAGCAUUUCUGAAUAGAUUUUUUUUUUAUAGUACAUGGUUUUAUGAAGUGUAAUAUUUUUAUAGCAGAAUGAUGAUCUUUGGACUUUCUAUAUUGUUACCUGCAACUGUUUGCAAAUAAGCUCUUUGCUCCCUUUUUUCUGUGCACUGUAUCCAGUGUUGCUGCUGCUACUGUUGUUGGCCUCAGCUGCUGCUGCCCCGCCGUGACGUGGGCUGAUGGUAUUGUGAAACUGUGCAAACUUAACUUCAAAGAGCUGUGAUUGUGCUGAAGGGCUGGCUGCGUGCUGGGUCCCUCCCGGCAGAAGGGAUGGGGAGCUGUACUCUACCAGGGCAAGAGUUUACUGUGGAUAGCCCCCCCAGGAGAAGCCUCAGUGCUCACCUUUGUCUGUACUCCGCCGUUUUUGGCUUGGCAUGCCCAUCCUUUCCUUUCUUUAUAAAGAAAUAAAAAAGAAAAAAAAAGGA